UUUAAGCUCUCACUAAGAAGUGAACUUGCUUUGCCUUUUUCUUUCUAUUCCUUCUCAUAUAUUCAAAUCCCUUUGUCUUCCAAAUUCUGAAGUUCUCACCAGUUCAUAUUCAGUGUUCAUUCUAGCUGGUUGCUGUUAGUUUAGCUACUGUACUAGCGUGGUUCAGUUGUUUCUUCCUCUUUUAAUUUUGAAAAUGAGUGGUUCGAUUAGAUUUCGUGAGAGAUCGGGUUGUAGACCCUGCUACAACUUUCAUGACUCAGAUGAUGACGAUGUGAAAUCUACAGAAAAUUAUGUGAGUAUUGAUGGAAAUGAUGGUAAUGUGGGUGGAAGCUCCACUCAACAAAAACGAAAAAAUAGCGACGAUUCAGUUGUUCUCCCGAGGAAACGAGGGAGACCUAGAAAAAACAUCGCGAGAAGUGAUACAACUGAGAGUAAUGUGACCCCUUUUGCUGAGCGGCUUCGUGACAGAUCAAGUAUAAAGAAGCCGAACUAUAAUAUUGACGAGUCUGAUGAAGAUUUUGAUACUUUCCCCAGUAAAUAUGGGAACCAGGAAAAAGUUCUUAAAAUCGAAAGCAGUGACACAGUUAGCCCACUCAAAGAUAUUGACAAGAUAUUAGAUUGUGAGAUGCGUUCUGUGGUGGCUGCUGAAAGUGAUGCUCAAAAGUUGGAGUCAAAACGUAUUUUGGUCAAGCAAUAUCUUGUUAAGUGGAAGGGACUCUCAUAUUUGCACUGCACAUGGGUUCCAGAAGAAGAGUUUUUGAAGGCUUUCAAGACUCAGCCAGGUCUAAAGAUCAGAGUAAACAGCUUCCAUCGUCGUAUGGAAUCAGCCAAGAGUUUUGAUGAAGAUUUUGUUGCCAUUAGACCCGAAUGGACUAUGGUUGAUCGAAUACUUGCUUGCAGGUGGGGUAACGAUGAUAAGAAGGAGUAUCUGGUGAAGUGGAAAGAGCUUCCCUAUGAUGAGUGCCACUGGGAGCUGGAAUCAAAUAUCUCUGCAUUUCAGAAAGAAAUAGAAAGAUUCUACACAUUUCAGUGUAGAACAAGGACAGUUUUGUCCAAUAAGAAAAGUAGUAUUGCAGAAGCUUCUGAAUCUAAUAAUCUGCAGAGAGAAUUUGUACAGUACGAAGCCAGCCCUGAGUUUCUUUCAGGGGGUUCACUGUAUCCGUAUCAGCUUGAAGGAUUGAACUUCUUACGAUAUUCAUGGUCCAAGCAAACUCACGUUAUACUUGCUGAUGAAAUGGGACUUGGCAAAACCAUACAGAGCAUUGCUUUCAUGGCAUCGCUGUUUGAGGAUAAUGUUUGUCCCCAUUUGGUGAUUGCUCCCCUUUCAACUUUACGAAAUUGGGAGCGUGAAUUUGCUACGUGGGCACCUGAAAUGAAUGUUGUUAUGUAUUCUGGAUCUGCCGAUGCUCGUGCUUUAAUCAGAGAGUAUGAGUUUUACUUUCCUAAAGGUCUUCGCUCAAAGAAAGGCAAAGAAAUCGUGGAUGAAAGAAAAAGAAGAAGAGUAAAGUUUGACGUUCUAUUAACGUCAUACGAGACAAUAAUUUCCGACUCAUCCUCGUUAAAACCUAUAAAGUGGGAGUGCAUGAUAGUUGAUGAGGGCCACCGUCUGAAGAACAAAAAUUCUAAAUUAUUUUCUCCAUUGACGCAAUUAUCAAGCCAACACCGUGUGCUUUUGACUGGAACUCCUCUUCAGAACAAUUUGGAUGAGCUUUUUAUGCUGAUGCACUUCCUUGAUGCUGAAAAGUUUGGAAGUUUAGAGGAGUUUCAGAAAGAAUUUAAGGAUAUCAAUAGAGAGGAGCAGAUUCUGAGACUACAAAAAAUGUUGGCACCACAUCUCUUGAGAAGAAUGAAGAAAGAUGUGAUGACAGAACUACCUCCGAAAAAGGAACUUAUUUUACGAGUUGAAUUAUGCAGUGUACAGAAAGAAUUCUACAAGGCAAUUCUGAAUCGUAAUUAUCCUAUAUUAACCCGCCGAGCUCGUCCACAUAUUUCUCUUAUCAAUGUUGUUAUGGAACUGCGUAAGCUCUGCUGCCAUCCCUUUAUGUUAAAUGGACUUCAACCUGAUCUUAAUGAUGAAAAUCCAUAUGACCAAUUGCUUGAAUCCUCUGGGAAGUUGCAACUGUUAGACAAGAUGAUGGUGAAACUUAAAGAGCAAGGUCAUAGAGUCCUUAUAUGUUCCCAAUUUCAGAAAAUGCUGGACUUGCUUGAAGAUUACUGUUGUUACAAGAAUUGGCAUUAUGAGAGGAUAGAUGGGAAGGUUGGAGGAGCUGAAAGACAAGAAAAGAUAGAUCGGUUUAAUGCUGAAGAUUCUUCAAGAUUUUGUUUUCUUCUUUCUACAAGAGCUGGGGGAUUAGGGAUAAACCUUACUGCAGCAGACACAGUUAUUAUAUAUGACAGUGAUUGGAAUCCUCAUGCUGACUUGCAAGCCAUGGCCAGGUCUCACCGCCAUGGACAGAAAAAGAAGGUGAUGAUUUAUAGGUUCAUAGCAAGAGGAACAAUUGAAGAAAGGAUGAUUCAGCUGACAAAGAAGAAAAGGGUGUUAGAACACCUGGUUGUAGGGAGGCUACAGGAUGAAAACAUUAAGCAGAAAGAGUUAGAUGAUAUCGUAAGGUAUGGCUCAGAGGAGCUAUUUGCUGAUGAAAAUGAUGAAGCAAGCAGGUCUCGUCAAAUUCAUUAUGAUGAUGAUGCUAUAGACAGAUUGCUGGAUCGUGAUGGAGUUGGAGGUGAAGAUGCUGCUUUGAAUGGUGAAGAUGAAGAUGGAUUUCUGAAGGCUUUUAAGGUGGCAAAUUUCGAAUACAUAGACGGAGUUAAGCCAGCAGAGGAGGUGGCACAAAAUGAAGCAAAGGAGAAUCAAUUCUCUGGUGAAAGUUUGAGGAUAAUUAUUUACUGGGAAGGCUUGUUGAGAAAAGCAUAUGAACAGUGUCAAGUUGAAAAGUUAAAUGCCUUAGGCAAAGGGAAGCGAACACGCACCAAAUGGGUGGGGGAAGGUUUUAGUAAAUGGGUAGAUCAAAGAUCUGAUGGUGAAGAUGAAAAUUAUGAAGGGGAUCAUAGUGAAUAUGAUUCAAAUGAGACUACUACUCCUACUAGAAGGGUUCACGGAAAGAAAUCUCGCGCAGAGAGCCCAGAGCCACAUCCUUUGAUGGAACGUCGAGGAAAAUCGUUGAAAGUACUUGGUUUUAGUCCAAAUCAAAGGGCUCAAUUUCUUCAAAUUAUGAUGAGGUUUGGUUUACGUGAUUUUGAUUGGAAAAAGUUUGCUUCCAGGAUGAAACACAAGAGUUAUGAAGAAAUCAUGGAGUAUAGCUUACUUUUUUUGUCUCAUGUUAUAGAAGAUAUUACUGAUUCACCUACAUUCAUAGAUGGCGUUCCAAAAGAAGGACUUCAAAUAAAAACUGCACUUCUAAGGAUCGGUGUUAUGAAUUUGAUAGCAAAAAAGGUGAAGCUUGCAUUAGAAAAUCCUGGAACACAACUUUUUUCAGAUGAUAUCUUACCACGCCAUCCACGUAUGAAGGGUAGAAAGAUAUGGAAGGAGGUUCAUGAUUUACUGCUGCUGCAAGCCGUGUUGAAGCAUGGCUAUGCGAGGUGGCGUGAUAUUGUUGAAGAUAAGGAUCUGAAGAUUCAGAAGGUUAUCUGUGAGGAGUUGAAUAUUGCAGUUGCAGAUAUACCAGUUGAAUUACAGUGUAACUCACGAGUGUUCAAUGGUCCAAAUAUUACAAAUGUGGAGUCUUGCUCCAGCUCCAACCAAUCUAAGCAGAGUGAAAUGCGCAGUUCUAGUAAUCUUGGGAAGCACGCAAAGUCAAAUAUGGAUUUCUUCCUGUUGGAUCAGCAUAGAAAAAUGCAGAGAGCACAGAUUCUGUUUAUAAAGAGAAGGUUUCGUCUCUUGGAAGAAGGUCUCCUCGUUGAGUUCCAGAACAGAUACCUUAGGAAUUUGCCAGCAAAAGUGGCAGAAAACAACCAAGUUAAAGGCAGGCCCACGCGAGUUAAUGUAAACAAGUUCAUCGUCUUUGAGACUUUUCCUCGGCCUAUAGUCAGAGUCAUAAGUACACCGGACUUGUAUUAUUUUUUAUUUGAUUUUGAUACAGAGCGUAUAAACUUAAUUGCUCUUUACAAUGAGAUGUGCCAGAUUGUGGCGGCAUUCGCCAAAGAAUUAGCCCAAGCGGCAACAGAUGAGGAACAAUACGACGCUGUUGCCCGGUUAGGUCAAAUCCUCAGCAUUUGUUUCGAUAUCAAUGAAGUUCUACAUAAAAAAGAUUAAAUACAUUAUCAGAGACUGGAGUUAUUGGCCCUGGAUUGUUGUCUGGUUCUGAAGUUAAAUGCAAACAUAAAGAUGUGGCUAUGGAGUUUUGUACAGGAGAUGAAUAAAAUACCAUGAUUUCUCUAGACUUAUCCAAAUGCUAGGAAUUGUAAUAACAUUAUUGGACAAAGAGAAAUUUGUUGUACUUUGGUUUUUCAGAGGACUGAAAUGCAAGAUCUUGUGGACACAUAUUUGUUGUACUCUGUAUGUUACAUUGAUUUUAGUGUCUCAUCUUUUUGUCUCCA